CAAAGUGGAAAUUACAGAGGGAUCAGACCGAAUAACCGCUGCGACGGGAGCUCAAAGUUGGAACACGAAAAUAAAGCUCAUAAUAGUAUUCAUUAAAGAAAAGAAAGACGGAGAAAAAAGAAGAAAAAAAACAUCGACAAUCAAACGGGAAAGAGAAGAGGACAAGGAGGAAGGGGAAGAGCAGUUGAUCUACGCUGGUGCAAUGAAUAAUCCGAUGGUAUUAAAGGUGGGAUUGGUGGUGGUGGGGCUGUGCAUUGGGGGUUACAUACUUGGGCCACCCCUCUACUGGCACUUCAUGGAGGGCUUGGCCGCUGUCAGCCACUCCUCCUCCUCUUAUUCCUGUCCUCCCUGCCAAUGCGACUGUUCCUCUCAGCCACUACUCUCCAUUCCCCAAGCUCAUCUUUGGAUAUGAGGGAAUUGAGCAACCCCUCAGUUGGGCCACGUAUCCUAGGAUUGAGCAAUACUUCCUUUGCAGAUUGUGUAAAGCAUGACCCAGAGGUGAGUGAAGACACGGAAAAGAAUUUUGCAGAGCUAUUGACGGAGGAGCUGAAGCUGCAGGAAGCUGAGGCUUUGGAAAAUCAGCAGCGUGCUGACAUGGCUCUGCUCGAGGCAAAGAAGAUUACAUCCCAGUAUCAAAAGGAAGCAGAUAAGUGUAGUUCCGGCAUGGAAACAUGCGAGGAAGCGAGGGAGAAAUCUGAAUUAACAUUAGUGGCCCAAAAGAAACUGACAGCUAUGUGGGAGCUGAGAGCUCGUCAGAGAGGAUGGAAAGAAGAUAUUGCCAACUCUCGUACCCAAAAUCAGAGAAAUGUCCAGACUGUGUAAAGACUGAUCGUAACCUCAUAAGGCACAAUCUAAGGCAACUGUCAUUCAAGGGGAGGUCUCGGCUGGUGGUGAUGAAUUUUCAACAGGCCUUGCCUCAAAGAGGCUCAUGAAUUUGUUCGUCAUAUCCUAAGCUAUCUAAAUCAGUGUAUAAUCAUUAAUAGCAAAGUAUAGGAAUCUCGUUGUUAUGGACUCUGGAGUCCGCCUAUCUGUGGAUUUUUUUCCCACCUCAAAUUUAGUCAAUGUUCAACUUGUAAGACUCACAAAGUGGUAGAUCAGUGGCUAUUCUUAUUUCCAUGCAAAACAAGAAA